AUGAUCUUGGCAGGCAUUGGCUUGAUCUUCUUCUUGGUGACCUUAGUGGUUGGUCUCUUCAAAACAGGAGCCAGCCUGGAUUCCCUGCUCCAUAGCGGCUUUGUGGGCACCUUCGGGGUCGUUGGCAAGAGGUUGAGUGAUCAGGGCAUUGGCUUUGAAGAUACCAUGCAGAAUCUGGAAGUGAAGUUGGAGGCGCGGGGGAAAGCCUUAGGAUAA